AUGGAACACCUCUGGUUAGAGAUUCCCAGCCGAAACAACUACAGCAAAGAGUUGGUGGGUAUGAUUUAUAAUUCUGCACGUAUUCUAAAUCCAUCUAGCUGGCUGGAUAGCCUCGAGAGAUUGCUCGGUCAUCUCCCAGUGUCAUGGGAUGGCAUGCUAAUCCUUACUGGUGAUGUUAAUAUCGACAUGCUUAGCUCUCCCCACUACCUUACAAAAAGGUACCAGACCAUCCUUAACGUCUUUGGAUUAACGCAAGUAGUGACGCAUCCAACAAGAAUUACAAAGGCAAUGAAAACUCUUAUAGAUCACCUCAUCACAAACUACCCACAGAAGGUUACGGACACAGGUAUAGUACCUUGUUCC